AUGGAGCUCUGGCAACAAUGUGUGCAAUGGCUCCGAGCCUGUGGAGUUCUUCAAGAUUUCAUCAAAUUCGAACGACUCGAAGCAUUCGCCUAUUUCCUCAAAGAUGGCAUCCUUUUAUGUCGUCUGGCCCAAAGAUUGGAUGAGAAUUCAAUUGAUGAGAGUCAAAUCCACACAAAUGCCACUUGUGAUUCAGAGGUGAGUUGGUUUGAAAAUUGGGGUAAAAAUUUAUGGGUAAAAUACGAUUGUCAUCGAUGGUGAAAAGUUUUUAGCGGGGGAUAGGACCCCUGGACACAUUAAAAAUUCAAAAAAAAAAAAAAAAUGAAAAAUAAAAAAAAAAAUUUGAAUUUUGUAUGUGACCAAUCUGACCACAAAAAUUUUUGGCAAGGUGCCCAAAAUGACCAGGAAAAUCGAAAACAAAAAAAAAAUUUUUUGAAUUUUAAAAAAGCUCUAAUUUCAAAAAAAAAUUUUUGAGUUUUAAAAAAAUUCAAAUUUCAAAAAAUCACCCCACGAAACUAAAAAUUUUCAAAAUUAUUCAAAUAAUUUUUAACCCUACUUUUCGCAUAAGCACCCCCACAUUGGUCUAAAGACCCACUUAUGACCCAAACUCCAUUAUGUAUUUUUAGAAAUUCUCAAGGAGCUUCGCCUUUCUUUUUGUUUUCGUAUAGUGGACACCGCAAAAAAUGAACAUUGCGAUUUCCCUCUCUCUGCUCAUUAGAUUACAUUCCAUGGGAUUAGACGAUUAUUCAUAUCAUGAUUAUUUGUUUUUCGAGCACUUCUUGUAGUCUUGAAUAUUGAGAUGAGAAAUAGGUUGGGCUUUCUUGGAAAUUUGGGGAUUAGAAUUUAGUGAAUUUUGGAAAAAUUUGGGCGGAAAUUUUUUUAAUUUUUUUUGCAAAAUUUUGAAGGUCUGCGAUGGAAAAUUUGACCUUUUUUUGGUAAAAAACUAUGAUCCUCGAGAAUGACUUAGAAAAUUGUAAUUUGAAUUCAUCCCAAAUUUCAUCGAAAUAUGAUCACCGCAACUCGGCCAAUAUCCCUGUGAAUUCAAAAGCAAUGCUUUCUUUUUUAAUGGACCCGUAUUUUGCGAAACAAAUAUCUUUAUGACCACAAGUUUAUUUCAAGUUAUCAUCAAAAGUUUUUCAAAGUUUAGGGCAAUUAUUUUCUCGGCGCUUUCGUUUUAUGACCGAUCUAAUCAAGGUGUCGUAAAAGCGUAAACAUUACUAUUUUUUGAAACCAUUUUUUGCAAAUUACCCUGGUCAUUUGAGGCCGAAAAUUUUUAGUUUUUGAACGAGCUGUUACAGUGGGGGACCUGAUUCGGUGGCAAAAACGUACCAUUUUGCAUCCGGGAAGCACCAAAAAUGUGGCAAAAUGCUUCCCUCUCCAAGUGGAAAAAUUUCGUUUUGAAGGGCACGCCCUAUCCCUCACAAAAAGAGGUUUUGAAAUCGGAGUUUUUUCACUUGGAGAUGGAGGUGUUUUGGCACAUUUUUUCAUGCUUCCUGGAUGCAAAAUGGUACGUUUUUUGCCACUAGAUAAGGUCCCCACUGUAUACAGAGGUUUCUUGCUGGUUUUUCCGCUAUAACUUUCCCUUUCUUUCACACGUUUCGGACGUUUCGGCAUAUACCAGUUCCCUUUUCCCCUUCGAAAUUCCCAUGUAUAAUAUCCCAAUAUCGCGCCUCCGGUCUUCCGCUCAAUUGACUCGAAGCGGUUUUGACAGCCGGCAAAAGCAACAAUAUUUACAGUCAACACAUAUUAUACUAUACGUGUUAGACUCUGCCCGCUGUUUUCGUGUUUUUUUUGCGAAGGUCGUAAUGAAUAAUGCGGUUAUUAUGGAUAUGAGGGAAGGGGAAAACAAGUGGAGUUUUUGGUUUGUACAGCUACUGCUUGGACCGCCUGAGGGACGCAGUGGCGAAAGCAAGGCGGUUUGACAUCAUAUUUUAUUCGAAUUGCCUUGAGAAUAGGGUAAAAUAAGGUGGAGGUCAAAGAAAGGGUCAUUUCGAUGGGGUUGAGGGAGAAUUUUUGGCCGUCUAUUGGGUUAAAAAAGAUACCAACCCUCUUGUCAAGUGUUGGAAUCGAAAAUUUUGGAAGAAAAAAUUGAAUUUUUUUGAUGGAAAAAUUUGGAAAAUCCCAAAAAAUUUUUUGCGCUAAAAGUGCCAUUUUGAAAUUUUUAAUGGAAAAUAUAACAUUUUUAUUGUAUCAAAAGUAUCAACAGUCUCUGUAUCAAGAAUUUUUUGACCGAAAAAUUAAGAAAAAUCAAUUUUUCUAUUGAAAAUUUGCUUUUUUCUUAAUUUUUUCUGUUAGAAUUGGGUUAAACAUUAAUUUAUAAUUAUGCUUAUGAAUAUGUUUUUGACUGUGCAAAGGAAUUUCCAUGCAGUUUUGUUCUUGUUGAUAACAAUUUAUCAAACAAAAAGAAUAAAGGCCCAACCUUUUUUGCUAAAAAUCUGUUGAGAAAACGCUUAUUUUUUCAUGAUUUUUUCUUUGUCAAUUCUUAAUCUACGGGAAAUAAAAUAUGAUAUUUUUUAUCCGAUUUUUUUACCUCGAUUUUUUUUUUAAAUUCGGAAAUUUUUGAGUAAAUUUUUUUUGAAUGCUGAGUUAUACAUGAAGCCAAAAAAUUUAACUCUCGUCCCGUUUUGCAGUUCAUCAGCGCCGCAAAUAUUGCGCGCUUCCUGCGGAUCUGCAAGGAGAACUUCGGGCUCGCGGAUGCGGACCUCUUCGACGAGGCCGACCUCUACGAGUUGGGCGACUUUCGCCGCGUCCUCCACGUCCUGUCGCUGCUCUCCUGGUCCAACAACAGCCGCGGGCUGGGGCUCACGUAAGUUUCUCAACGGUUUUGUUACGAAAAAAUAUUUUUCGACCAGAAAUGGAUGACUUUUUAUGGAAAUUCAAUUUUUGUAGUUGAAGAAUGACUCCAAUUUUUUUGAAAUUUUCUCUAGAACUUCUGUAUAGAGCACAAAUGAAGUGCUGAAAAUUUGUGCUGAAACUUUGCAAGGAGUGCUGAGAUAUUCAAUCAUUUUUGCAACGAGAGGUUAGCGAAUUAGGGAUAAAAAGUUUUUCGACCAAAUCUUUGUGGAUUUUGAUCGGGGAAAAGCGAUUUUUUCUGGUAAAUUUCUGCUUUGUAUUUAGAUACGAAUGCCAUGUUUGCGAUUUGAAAAUCUCAAAAAAAAAAAAAAAAAAAAAAAAUUUUUUUUGACUUUGAAAUUUUUUAAAAUUUUUCUAAUUUUCGGAAAAAAAACUUUCUAAAAUUGAUUAAAACUGUCAAAAAUAUUCUUAAAAAAUUUUUUAAAUUAAUUUUUCCGCCAAAAAAAUCAAUUUUCCAGGGCCUUUCAAAAAAACUUUUUUUGAAAUUUUUUAAAAUUUUUCUAAUUUUCGGAAAAAAUCUUUCUAAAAUUGAUUAAAACUGUCAAAAAUGCUCUUAAAAAGUUUUGAAAAUUAAUUUUUCCGCGAAAAAAUCCAUUUUCCAGGCCCUUUCCCCAAACCGAGCCCCCCAACCGCAACACCUUGAACCUCUCCCACGAAGAAGAAGAUCUCUACACCGAGCUCCGUCAUCGAGCCGACCAACUGAACGAUGAAGUGUUGGCCAUCCGACAGAACUAUCGAGCCCUGAAUGGGAUCAAACAAAAGCGCGAUGAGCAACUUUAUUCCUCGUUUGUGGAGAAGAAACGCGCCAUCACCAGCUUCAAGCCCUCGAAUAAGCGAGAAUUCUAUAUGAAAGAGCUGCUGGAUACGGAGAAUAAUUACUGUGAUACGUUGGCCAUGAUUCUACAUGAUUAUUACGAGCCGAUGAGCAAGUUUGUGUUGGAGGAGGAUAUGAAAAAAAUAUUCAUCAAUAUGAAGGUAAGGGUAAUAUAAAAAAGGUUGAGAAAGUGGAUUGGCGUUUUCGAAAAGAAAUUUUUGGGUGAUAAAUUGCAAAGUCAAAGUGUAAAAAAUAUUUGAAUUAAUUUUUGUACCGCCUGGGGCAUUUUUGAGACCGCACUGUGCAAAAAAAACAAUAUUUGACUGCACUGUGCAGGAAAUCAAAAAAAUUUUUUUGCACGGUGCGGAAAUAAAAAAAAAUUUUUUUUGUAAUUUCAGUAUAGAAAAUUAAAAAUGAUCCAUCAACAAAUUCAGCUUUUUUGAAAAAUUUUGCACAGUGAAAAAUUUUUUUUAUUGCACGGUGCGAUGAUUUUGAAUUUUUUUGCACCGUGCAAAUAAAAAAAAACAAUAUUUUUGAAAGUAUUUCUCUGGUAUUUUUAAUUAUUUUCCCGCCAUUAUAUCAUUCUUUAUUCCUUCAGGACCUCCUUCCACUGCACCAGGACUUUCUCCGCUACCUGCAACCAGCCGUAAUGCACUCCCUCGGCUUGGACGCCCCAAACAAUGGCAUGGAUCUAAACGAUAACCGCAAAAUCAAUGUCGGCGACGUUUUCCUGGCCUUCAAGACGAGGUUUGUGAUCUAUGGAGAGUACUGUUCGUAUAUGGAUAGUGGCCGAGAGCACAUCUUGAAGUUGAUGAAGGAUAAUGUGCAAUUCAGCCGAAUGCUUAAUGUAAGUGGUGUUUUUGAUGAAGAAUUUUGGUAAACAACAAAAAAAAUUUUGAAAAAGAAAAAAAAAAUUUUUUUUUGUUAAAAAAUUUUACUCUCAAAUUUAAAAAAAUUGCGUCAAGUUUUGUAAAAAAAUUAAAUUUUUAAAAAAAUAUGCAAAUUCAACGGCUUUAACGCCACCCUCAACGCUUUUUUAUGGGGUCGCGAUUCCCCUCGAUUUUUGCAAAUAUUUGCUUUGAGCGUAAAUAGAAAUCGCGCCUCCGGCAUCUUAAGGUCUUCCCGGACCUCCGAAAUGGAACUGAUAAAAAGCCGGAAAACACGGACCAGUAUUUGCUUAUAUUCCUGAUAAAAAUGCCUCAAGGGCCGGGAAAUUAAAUGUUUUUUAUUAUUGAUUUGAAUUUGGUGUCAUGAAGAGCGAAUUAGCGGUCUUGAGGGAUGAUUUGAGGGGAAUGGGAAUGGUUUUUACGGGCUUAGGAGAGAUUUUAUUACACUUGAGAGAUCAAAAUUUAAUUAAAAAUUUUUGGAUUUUGGAAAAAAAUUGAUGACGAAAAUCAUGUCAUGAGAUGUUACUAUGAUUUUUGUGACAGUUAUACUUUUAAAACGACAUGUUUCUAGUAUUUUUUUGGAUAAUUUUCACAUUUUUUGUCAAGAAUUUUGGUCCCACCACGAAAACUUCCGGCUCCAAAAAUUAGCCUAAAACCCCUCUUAUGGUCGUACAAGGUAAACGAAAAAAGUAAAAAAAGCAAUCUGAAGAUGAGUUUUGUGUCAACACCUCGCAAAUCCCCAACUUUUUCCUUCAACACGUCAUCAAAGCCUGUGUUUAGCCGUUUUACGACCCUUUUCUUCGCUUUUUUCUUCGAAACUUUGAAAGCAUUAUAAUUCGAAUAGUUUCUUUUGGGCCCUGAGACAUUAUGCAUUCAUUAUUCAGUCUUAAUAGUCUUUCUAUUUCGAUUAUUUGCGAUUUCCAAUCGCUUCGAGCCAGAAAUGGACCUUUUUUGGGUAUUUACUCAAAUAAUUUAGCUCUUGUCGGGUGAAAUGUGGUUUAAUAAUAUUGAGGAGAGACUCGUGACGAGCGUCAUCGGAAAUGACGCAAAUUAUUUUAAUUUGAAAAUGGGAAAAAACUGAUAAUUUGAGGGGUUUUUUGAGAAAUGACGUCAUUUUUUGAUAUUUUUGCGUGCUGAGGUUUACAAAAUUCCAAUUAUUUUAAAUAACACUCUAUUUGUAAAUUCCUCAUAUUUUCUUUUUACCUCCUCUGAUUUGAGCAUUGACCUCUUUUUUAUGACGAUUUCAUCGAUUUUCGGCCGCGUUUCGCGCAGCUUUUCUAACUUGUUUCGCACAGAAAUGGAAAACGAAGGCCCGCUAAAUCGACUGGCUAGAGUCCUAGAUGGGAAUGAGGUUGGAAAGCCAAUGAAAUUGUGGAGUAUCUUCCUGAUUUACAUGAGACUUCUGAUCGCCCAGACCUACGCCAAAUUCAAGAAAAGAAUGGCGAAUGUAAGGGCGGUAGCUGUCAAAAUAAGGUCGAAAAUAGUCUUGUGAGGUCGCAAAUUUAUCGAAGAAUCAAUUUUGGGAGGUUACGAGUUGUUGGGGUUACUGUAAUUUUGUGAAUUUUUAAUUUUUGAUGAAAAGUGGGGAAAUUGGUCUAAAAUUGGCGGAAACCGGUUUUUCAUAAAAAUUGUUGGUUGAAUUGUAACGUUUGUGCCUUGUAGAGACAUGAGAAGAGUCUGGAAAUUACUGAGGGAUCAGUAGCGGUAAAAAUUAACUCGAAAAAUUGUCGAAAAUUGAGAUUUUUUUGGGAAAAAUGAAAAUAAUCAACGAGAAUUGCAAAAAAUCUCUAAAAUUGACUUUUUAUCACUCUAUAAGUAGUCAGUAAUUGGGCUAUUUAUAGAGUUUAGUUCCUUAUCUAAGCUUUAGACUAGACAUGGCUGGGGGGCCGGGCCGGGCCGAAAAUCGCGGCCCGGCCCGGGGGCCGGAAGAGGUCGGCCCGGCCCCGGCCCCCAGGGGGCCGGGCCGGGCCGGGGGCCGACCGGGGGCCGAACUGUAAAUAUAAAUACUGCAUUCAUUACGAGAUAUAACACAUUUUUUUUGGGGCUUUGGUAGUUCAAACCCCCACUGUUUUGUCCAUUUCACACACCCCAUAAGUAAAAAAUUAGAAUAAUACAAAAAAUGGAAAUUAGAGUAAAAUGACCCCCGGCGUUUUAGCUGAGACCCCCAGUUACCGUCCAAAUUCGUUCUUGUGGUUCAGGCAACGCUGACCGUAGCCGAGAGAACCCAAUCCCGAGUAGGCGCUUCAGAUUGGAUUAGGGGGCUUAUACUGGGUCAAGCGGGGGCUGAACUGGACUGGGGGUUGUACUACCUUAGCCCCCAUUUUUUGUUAUAAAAAUCGAAAAAAAGUUUUUGAAACAAAAAAUUACCAACCAUUGCCAUGUAUAUACUUCAAAAGACCCAAUCGGUUCUUGGCUCUGCGUUUUAUUUUUAUUUUCAAGCCUAAUUUUCGCUUUGAGACUGGGAAUUUUAGUCAUUGGGGGCCGAUUGGGGGCCUGGCGGGGGCCCCCGGCCGGCCCGGCCCGGGGGCCGGAAGAGGUCGGCCCGGCCCCGGGGCCUUUAAAACUCGUUCGGCCCGGCCCACUAGCCAUGUCUACUUUAGACAUGAAUUUAUUACUUCCAAAAACUCAAUUUUUUCCAGGAAUGUGAUCAAAACUCGGAGCAAAAUCAAUUCAAAUUAUGGGAUUUAAUCUCGGUCCCAAUGCAACGAAUCCUCAAGUACCAUGUGGUCCUAAAAGCCAUUUUCGACAGCACGGAUAUCGCACAUCCCGAGCACAAAGCAGUUGAAGACGCCUAUGAGGGAAUGAAGGACGUCAGCGACUAUAUUAACGAGGCCAAACGCGACUUCGAAACCAUGUUUUUCUUCAACGAAUUGAUGCAAAAGGUGAGAAUGGGAUGAUUUUUUGGUGGUGGAAUUCAAUAGUAGUAUGUUUCAGGAUAAAAUUUUCUUUAAAAUUUUUUUGGAAUUCAAAAAAAAAUUUUUUGCACUGUGCGAAAAUUUUUGGAUUGAUUGAUUGCACUGUGCAAAAAAUUUUGGGUCGACUGCACGUGCGAAAAUUUUUGGGUUGACUGCACGGUGCAAAAUUUUUUGGAUUGACUGCACUGUGCGAAAAUUGUUGGAUUGGCUGCACGGUGCGAAAAUUUUUGGGUUGACUGCACGGUGCAAAAUUUUUUGGAUUGACUGCACUGUGCGAAAAUUGUUGGAUUGGCUGCACUGUGCAAAAAUUGUUGGAUUGGCUGCACGGUGCGAAAAUUUUUGGAUUGAUUGAUUGCACUGUGCGGAAUUUUUUGAGCUGACUGCACCGUGCAAAAAUUUGUUUGGAUUGCCUGCACUAUGCGAAAUUUUUGGUGGACUGCACUGUGCGAAAACUUUGGUUGAAUGCACCGUGCAAAAAAUUUUUGAUAAAAUUUUUGUGUCUGCACAGUGAAAAAAUAUUGAUUGACCAUUGAUAUUGAGAAUUUUAGAAAUCUUUGUCUGCUGAUUAUGCAAAAAUAAAAUUUUCUAUAAUUUUAGGUCCAAUACGAAUGCAAUUACCUCGCCUUUGGUCGGCCAGUCCAAGAUGGGCAAGUCAAAGUCUAUGAUCCCAAAGUGUCGGACAGCACCAAACAACGCCAUGUCUUCCUAUUCGAACGAAUGAUCAUGUUCUGCAAGAUUGCGAAGAACGAAAAAUACGAAUUCCGCUCCCAAUACGCACUCUCCGACCUCCAAAUGGCCGACGAAGAACAGUCGAAUAAGAGCGCAACGUUGCCCAGAAAGUUAACACAGACCAUUUUCGAUAAUCGAAAUUCGUUUAUGUUGGUUUUCCGAAGACAGCUGCCAACGGGGACGGUCCCAGCAACAGAGCCGCCCGGAUAUAUUCAAUUCAUUUUUAAAACCGAAGCGCAACGGGAUUUGUGGAAGAAGAAUGUGGAGAAAGCACUGUAAGUGGGCGGAAAUUUUGCUUAUAAACUUUUUCGUUUUUCCGAAAAAAAAAAAUUUGCUCUGUACAAAAAAUUUUUUUUUUAAUCUGCACUGUGCGAUGCAAUUUUUUUUGCACUAUGCGGAUCUUUGAAACUUUUUGUUAUUAUAUGCGCACUGUGCGAUGAAAAUUUUUUUUUGCACUGUGCGGAUCUUUGAAACUAAAAAAUAAAAAAAAUUUCCAUCGCACAGUGCAGAUCCUUUCAUUUUUUAUUUCUUAGCUCCGCACUGUGCGACGGAAUUUUUUUUGCACUGUGCGUGCGGAUCUUUGAAACAUUUGGUUAUUAUGUCUGCACUGUGCGAUGAAAAUUGUUCUUUGCACUGUGCGGAUCUUUGAAACUUUCUGUUAUUAUGUUUGCACUGUGCGAUGGAAAAUUUUUUUUGCACUGUGCAGAUUCUUGAAACAUUUUUUGUUAUUUUGUCUGCACUGUGCGAAUUUUUUUCUUUGUGCGGUGCAAUAAAAAAAUUGAACCUGCGCACUGUGCAACAAAAAAAAAGAUUUUUUUUGCACUGUGCGGAAUUUUGAAAAAAAAAUUUUUUUUUGUUUUUUCGAGAAAUUCGACGCACCGCGCAAGAUUUUUUUUCUUUUCAGCACAGUGCAAUCAACUUUUUAUUUUUGCUUGCACUGUGUGCUUUUAAAAUUCAAAUUUUUACUAAAAAUGUUUUUUCAGCGACAUAAGCGAGCCUCAACAAGCCAUCUUGAAACACCACAAAGUGUUUUACAAGACCUACAAAGAAGCGGUCGCCUGCGACGCCUGCAAACGUCUUUUGAAUGGGCUUUUCCUUCAAGGAUACAAUUGCAAAGUUUGUAAUCAGAACUUGCAUUACAAUUGCCUCGGGCUACAAGUCUGCGCCGGCAGCAGACCGCGUCCCCGGCCUCGGACGUCGCAUCAGAGCUUCAACGGAACACUGAAUAAUAAUGUUUUGCAAAGGUGUAAGUGUCUAGUGUAAUAUCGAAAAGUGUGAAGUAAAUGAGAUUUUUAUGACUUUGAAGGGUCAUAAGUAUAAUUUUUGGAUUUUAGAUAUGUCUGGAGAGCGAGUUCAAGCAGUCCAAUCAAUUGCCUCACCGGACAGCGCAGUUUUGAGUUUUCAAAAAGAUGACGUCAUCGAGGUGGUCCAAGAAAACCAGGAUGGAACUAUCACGGUAAAAACGACUAGAAAUAAUAUUUAAAAGGAUUUUUUGACAAGAAAAGAUGUUUUAUACAUCAAAAACUGGAAAUUUUUACAUUACUUUAGGUGAUUUUGCUCUCUAAAAGAUCUCUCAAAAAGAUCAAUUUUGCCUUUGAUUUUUGUGUUUUUACUCUUACUAAAAAGAAGAUUGUAGGUUCCAGGGAUUUCGAAACUUCACGAGACGAAAUUUUUUCGCUCUUUUUUCAAAUCGAAACCGCCAUUUCCCCCUCUCUUUUUCGUCGGAUUUUUGAGGAAAAAGAGACGCCAACGGAUGUUUUUUUCGUUAUUUGAUAGCAUUUGGGAGAGAAGGCACGGAGUUUUAACGGCCAUAUGAUUUUUGAAAAUUUUGUUUUUAUUUUUUGAGAUUUCAUGGGGAAAUGAGCAAAAAAAUUUUUUUUGAAAUAUUGAAAUUUGAAAUUUUUUAGGUUUUAAAAGAUUUUUAGAUGUUUAUAUGAGUUCAUGAGAGUUUUCUUUUUGAUUUUUCAACAAAAAAAUUUUAAAAAUAAAAAAAAAUUUUUUUUUUUGAAAAAUUUUAAAAUUGAAUUUUUUGAGGUUUUUAACAAUUUUUAGACGUUUAUAUGAGCGUAUGAGAGUCUUAUCUUUGAUUUUUCAACAAAAAAUUAACAAAAAAAUUAAUUAAAAAAUUUUUUAAUUUUUUAAGUUGCAAAAAUUGGAUAAAUUUCCCCUCAAGCAUUGUUUGAAAUGUCUUUUCCAAAUAGAGAGAACCCUCUUUGGAGUUGUUUUAUUAUUCAUCCUCUUGUAUUCCGAUAUUUAUUUUCCACCUUUUCCCAUUUCGCUGGGUAUGACUCAGAAUGCGCGAACAGCUUUUUUUAGAGGGUUUUUUGAUUAGUCCGGGUCAGCUUUUGGUCUUUUAAGAAAUUUAGAGGCAUUUUGGGAAACGAUGUUACCGUAGGAGAAAUUUUUUCGCAAAAAUUUUUGUGAUUCAAAAAACUUUUUAUAUUAUUCUAGGGUCGGCUGAUCCGAACUCCCUCGAAAAUUGGUGUGAUCCGCCGAGAUUCGGUGCGUCGAGUCCCGUCGAACCAAGGAUUCACUCCGACCGGAUCGCAGACUUCGCUGGUCCAGAGGAGGUCAUCUUUUAAUCAUCUAAUUCAAGUGGAUAAUCUGCCAGCCGGAAGAAUUUUGGUGAGAUUUUUAAUUUUUUUAUCUUUCAAAAUUUUUUUGACCCUUUGAAAUUGAUUUUUCAAAUCUUGAAAAUUAAUUUUGAACACUGAUUUUUCCAAAAUUUUCAAUUUCAAAAAAAAAAUUUUGAUUUUUUUAUCUUGCAUAUUUUUUGACCCUUUGAAAUUGGUUUUUCAGCCUUUUAAAAUUUAUUUUAAGCCCUGAUUUUUUCAAAAUUUUCAAUUUUUCAAAAAAAUUUUUCAGCCCCGCCGCUCGACUCAUGACCGAAUUUCGGCCUCUUCCACCUCCGAAUUCCCCAUGAAUAUGCCGCUAAUCAGCAGCGCCAUCCUCGAUUAUCAUUGUCCGGCCGAAGAGGACCGCCCCAUCAAGGAUUACCCCUGGUAUUUUAGCAAUUUGACCCGCGAAGAAGCCCAAAAUUUCAUCGAAAAUCAGCCGGAUGGCACGUUUUUGGUCCGCUGGAGCCAAACCCAGUCGAUUUUGGCGCUGAGUGUGGCCUAUCAGGGCGUGGCCAAGCACAUGAAAAUUGAAUAUGACACGAGUCGCAGUAUGUACUACCUUCAUGACUCCAUUUUCUUCCAUAAUAUCCCGGUAAUUUUGAGAUUUUUUGAAUUUUCAAAAAAUUUUUUUGGAUUUACGUUUUUUGUCCAUAAUUUUGACGUUUUCAGUCCCUAAUCAACUGUUAUCGCAAGAUGGACCUCAGCGAGGGCUUCAAAAACAUGUCCGGCACGUUGAGUGGGACGCCCUUCAGGACCACGCAUUAUCAGGCCGUCCAUGCGUUCCAACACGCGACAGAUACACAGAAAUAUUUGGCCAUCGAACCAAAUGAGAUGAUUACGAUCAUCGACACGUCCGGAGAAGAAAAUGGCUGGUGGAAGGGAGAAAGUGAGGCCACUGGCAAGGUGAGAAAUUUUCUAUAUUGAGGAAGACAGCUGAAAUUUGGAAUUUUUCCGUAAUUUUAUAUUGUAGUAGGCAUGUGGUGAAAAAAAUGGAUUUUUGAAGGAGGUUUUUCGGUUUGACGUCUGCAAUGAGCUUCAAGAAGGUGAAUAGGGCCUAGAAAAGAGUUUUUAACACUUUUUAGAAGUUGCAACAGAAUGCCAAAAAUUUUGAAAAUUUGGCGGGAAUUCAAAUUUUUUGAAAUUUUUUGGGCAUUUUUAAUCCUAAUUUGAAAUGUCCAGUGUGAUUUGACUUUCUGGUAUUAAAAAUGUUGCAUUUCUUCACAUUUUGUAUCAAAAUUUUUCAAUUUUUUAAAUUUUUUCAGAUCGGUUAUUUCCCCUUGGGCUGAAAUUUGGAUUUUUGAAGGAAUUUUUUAGGUCUGAAGUCUGAAAUGAGCUUCAGGAAGGUGAAUAGGUCCUAGAAAAGAGAUUUUGGCACUUUUUAGAGGUUGCAACAGAAUGCCAAAAAUUUUUGAAAUUUGGCGGGAGUUCAAUUUUUUAACAAUUUUUGCGCAUUUUUAAGCCUAAUUUGAAAUGUCAAGUGUGAUUUGACUUUCUGGUAUUAAAAAUGUCGUAUUUCUUCACAUUUUUUAUCAAAUUUUUUCAAUUUUUAAAAUUUUUUCAGAUCGGCUAUUUCCCCUUGAGCUAUGUCCGCGAAGUCCCUCCCUUCAACGACGAAUUGAUGACAUGA